AGCCCUGCAGGAGCGGGGCGGGCGGCCCCGUGCGGCCCCUCAGAGCCGGGGCGGCGGCGGCGGCGAAGAUGGCGGCGGCGGACGGCGACGAUUCGCUUUACCCCAUCGCGGUGCUCAUCGACGAGCUCCGCAACGAGGACGUGCAGGUACCGCUGACCGGGAUUUCGUACUUCCGGAACCUGUGCUCGGACGACACGCCCAUGGUGCGGCGCGCGGCCGCCUCCAAGCUGGGCGAGUUCGCCAAGGUGCUGGAGCUGGAGCACGUCAAGAGCGAGAUCAUCCCCAUGUUCUCCAACCUGGCCUCCGACGAGCAGGACUCGGUGCGGCUGCUGGCGGUCGAGGCCUGCGUGAGCAUCGCGCAGCUGCUGCCGCAGGAGGAGCUGGAGGGGCUGGUGAUGCCCACGCUGCGCCAGGCGGCCGAGGACAAGUCCUGGCGCGUGCGCUACAUGGUGGCCGACAAGUUCACCGAGCUGCAGCGCGCCGUGGGCCCCGAGAUCACCAAGACCGACCUGGUGGGCGCCUUCCAGAGCCUGAUGAAGGACUGCGAGGCCGAGGUCCGGGCGGCCGCCUCGCACAAGGUCAAAGAGUUCUGCGAGAACCUGUCCCCGGACUGCCGUGAGGCCGUCAUCAUGGGCCAGAUCCUGCCCUGCAUCAAGGAGCUGGUGUCGGAUGCCAACCAGCACGUGAAGUCGGCGCUGGCCUCGGUGAUCAUGGGGCUGUCGCCCAUCCUGGGCAAGGACAACACGGUGGAGCACCUGCUGCCCCUGUUCCUGGCACAGCUCAAGGACGAGGUGAGGUUCUGGUCCGUCCGCCUGGCCAUCAUCGAGUACACGCCGCUGCUGGCCGGCCAGCUGGGCGUGGAGUUCUUCGAUGAGAAGCUGAACUCGCUCUGCAUGGCCUGGCUGGUGGAUCACGUGUACGCCAUCCGCGAGGCCGCCACCAGUAACCUGCGGAAGCUGGUGGAGCGCUUCGGGCACACCUGGGCGCAGGGCACCAUCGUGCCCAAGGUGCUGGCCAUGGCCGCCGACCCCAACUACCUGCACCGCAUGACCACGCUCUUCUGCAUCAACGUGCUGUCGGAGGUGUGCGGGCAGGAGGUGACCACCACGCAGAUGUUGCCCACCGUGCUGCGCAUGGCGGCCGACGCCGUGGCCAACGUUCGCUUCAACGUGGCCAAGUCCCUGCAGCGCAUCGGGCCCAUCCUGGACAGCGGGACGCUGCAGACCGAGGUGAAGCCGGUGCUGGAGAAGCUGACACAGGACCAGGACGUCGACGUCAAAUACUUCGCUCAGGAGGCGCUGACAGGUGAGGGCUCGUUCGUGUUCCGGCCGCAGCCGCCGGAGCUCCGCGAGCGCGGCGGGGCCCAGACCGGCGGCAUCGACCUCUUCGUCACCCAGGAGCGCGUGCUCUUCCUGGACACCCAGCCCAUCCUCAGCCCCGCCCACCUGGAUCACCUGAUCAACAACGACCGGAAGCUUCCGCCGGAGUUCGCGCUGCCCCACGCCUACGUGGAGACGCAGGUGAGGGCGGGGUCUUGGUAUGCUAAUGAGGCGCUGGAUAUGCAGAUUAUGCUAAUGAGCAGCCCCGCGCAGUCGUUGCAGAUCGCCGCCUUCCUGUUCACCGUGUGCCACGUGGUGCUGCUGGUGCAGGAUUGGUUCACCGACCUGGGGCUCUACAGGUUCCUGCAGACGGCCGAGAUGGUGAAGCCGCCGACGCCGUCGCCGAGCCACGAGUCGAGCGGGGCCGGAGCCGAGGAGCCCUCGGAGUAUUACCCGCACCUGGUGUUCGUGCAGACCCGCGCGCCCCCCGAGUCGUUCUCGCCGCGGCGCGUGGGGCAGAUGCAGCGAGUGCUCGGGCGCCUGAUGGNCCAGGUGCGCCCAGGCUCGCUGUCCAUGCGGGAGCUCCUCCCCUCCCCCCCCGGGCCGCCCCCCGAGCCCGAGGUGAAUCUGUUCCUGCUGCCGCCCCUGGAGGAGGAGCCCGAGGACGCCCUGCCCCGAGGUGAGACCAGUGCAGACCAGUACGGACCAGUACGGACCAGUAUGGACCAUCCAAACCCAGUAUAA